CCGUCGUGAAAAGCGGCCAUUUUCGUGACGCGCAGUAAAUGGUAGCAAAUCGGUGAAGGUGUAUCGAGGCUUGUCCGUUUGCUCUAUUGAUCGUCCGAGGAAAUUUUUCGAAUCGUGAGCGCGACAACUCCAGUUGCUUUUCCACUUUGGUAGUACGCGGAAUUCAACGGUGAAAAUGAACGUCUGGACCGGUUGGCCUAACAGCGUGUUCGAUGAGAUUGAUCAGUUGAUGCCUCAGUUUGGCUUCCCCUUUGCUCGAGGGAUGCUGGAGCCUUUGCAUCAUCCAAUGAUGCAACCACGGAUGGGUGCAAUGCAGCCACUCUUCUUUAGAGACAUGAUGAAUUUUGAUUUUCCUGUAUCAACAAUGAGCAACAUUAGCAACUUGAGCAAUAUGAGCAACAUGGGCAACAAUUCUCACUCAUUCAUGCGUCAGUCUGUAGUGUCUAUGUCUAGUGGUCCCGAUGGCCGUCCUCAAAUUUAUGAAGAGACUAUGUCUACAACAACAGCACCUGGUGGCAUAAAGGAGACCAAAAAGACUGUGAGGGACUCUCGUACUGGGACUAAGAAAAUGGCCAUUGGCCAUCACAUUGGCGACAGGGCACAUAUUCUUGAGAGGGAGCACAAUAUGAGAAGCGGAGAAUCAGAAGAACGGCAAGAAUUUAUCAACCUUGACGAAGACGAGGCGGAGAGUUUUAAUCGAGAGUGGGAGACACGUACGCGAAGUGCUGCCUCUGUCUCUGCAAUUGGUAGAAGUUCAAGCCCAAAUGUCAAUAGAAAUCGAGCGGACGUAAGGCAAUUGGCUCUACCGUCGACAUCAGAACCGUCAACAAGUCGACAUAAGCCAUUACGUGCUAAACUAAAUCCUAUAAAGGCUGGGAAGACUGUAGCUGCCAAGUUAUCUCCAUGGGAAGCUACAACGGAAACUGCAGAAUCUCCGAAAAGAAAAGGGAAGGGGAAAGGUAAAAGUUCAAGUACGGAAGUACCACCUUCCACGCCUGAAUCUCGAAAGCGUGAAGCAUCAGAGGAACCGUCGGUAGUCUAUAUUCCUAGUAAAAAAGCCAAGUAGAUAUAAGUCGCGCAGUGUCCAAUAGUGGCGAUUAGAGUAUCUCCAGUUACUAACUGCAAUAUAUCUUAUUUUGCCUCUAUUACGGACCUUACCUAAUAAGAAAAAUGUUUUAAAUCCUCCUCAUUUCACAUAAACAGUCAGUAUUGUAUGCGUGAUUACUAAUAUUUUCUCUACAAACAAAAAAUUCUCUUUUUUCUUUUCUAAAUUAUUUUUGCUCCGGUGAGAAAAUAUCGUUACAUUCACGCACACAUGUGAUCAUUUAAAGUUGUGUUCGGGAAUCCACACUGUGUGCACACAGUGUGGAUUCUCGAAUGCAACUUAAUACGCGUAAUUAAAGCUAAUACCGCAAAAUUCUUUGAGUAACGCAAUAAGUUGUUAUAUUUUAUAUAUAAAUACGUAUUUAAAUAUAUAGAUAUAUAUCUUUGUAGAUUUUAAGUUCGCGCGGUGUUAUAUACAUAAUAUAUAUAUAUCGAUAUUUACAAAUAUAAAAAUGAGUUUCUAAAGUAGCAAGAUAUAAAUUUUUAUCAUUUAAGAUUCCUGGUUCCUUGUCACGGUCGGCUGGCUUGAUCGAAAACGUCGGAAGCGAAAAAACGCAGUGCACAAUAUUCUUUUGAAAUCUUUUUGAAAUACAAUGAAAAUAAAAGGAUGUGUCUAUAAGGUGACACUCUUGUGAUCGAUGGAGGAUAUUAAAAAUAUUCCGAAAACUUGCUUUUUUUCUUCUAAAUUAAUGUGACAAAAUAAUAAGAGACGAUAAGUCGUAUGUUACAAACGUGCUCGAUCAAUCGCAAGUGUCAUUUUGUGAAUAUAUUCUUUCGGUUUAACGUCCUCCGGUAAGAAUUUUGAGCAUACUUUUUCUCGUUUCUGACUAUGGUCGCUGCAAGGAAACAGGGAGCCUUAAUCAAAGCGAACUGCAUUAAUUUAUUUUGUUUCUCAUUCAGAUACAUCUUAUCUUCUAUAAUGUUAUACGAGGUACAACAGGUAUAUAAUAAUUCUCUAUGAUGUAACGUUACUGAACAGUUAUAAGUGUAUAUUUCGUUGGAUAGUUUCUGCAGUGGCAAGUAGCAAAUUGUAUCCUUAAAUUGAUAUAAAAAAUGUACUCUGAGAGAUCUUAAAGACUUAUAUAAUCACAGACAUGUACUAUAUCCGCUUGCGUCAGUUUAUGUUAGUUUCAAAUAUCGUAUAACAAUAAUCAGAAGUCUAAUGUAUAUAAAGGCAAUAAAUGAUCAAUGAUUUCAAAAGUAUUCCGAAUUGCGACUGUUUUUUGCGUGAUCAACUUCGACCAAUUGGCGCAUUUGCUGACGGUUGACAAAUGUGUGUUCCAUCGUUUGAAAACAAGGGCGACACAUGUUGCACGCUCAUCGAGAGGUAUGGGGUAUUUAUUGAACGAUACGAAGGCUCUUUGCCCGUCAAAUAAUUGUUUUAUUCAAAUGAGGUCGUUAAUUUUCCGUUUUAACAACUGAAAAACACACACACAUAUAUAGAUAUAGAUAUAUUUAUUCUAAAUAAGAAUGAUGGAACAAAUUAUCCCUUGUACUAAUACGAUUUUAGUCAAAGUCUUUCCUACACAAAUAGUGGUCUAUAUAAUUUUAGUUUCGAGAUUACUCAAUGAAAAUAUUAUCAUACCGAUCUAGUUAUACAUUACCAUAAAAA